GGUCCUUCCUACUUCCUGGUUUAUGGUGGAGUGGUGAUUCACUGUACAUCGUGAAAGAUGUCGAAAGUCACCUUUAAAAUCACGCUGACUUCGGAUCCGAGGCUACCUUACAAAGUGUUAAGUGUCCCUGAAGGCACCCCUUUCACGGCAGUGUUAAAAUUUGCAGCAGAAGAGUUUAAAGUCCCAGCAGCCACCAGUGCCAUCAUUACCAAUGAUGGUAUUGGAAUCAACCCAGCACAGACAGCAGGAAACGUAUUCUUGAAGCAUGGCUCAGAACUUCGAAUCAUUCCCCGAGACAGGGUGGGAGCCAGUUCUUGUCCAGACAGGAAAUGACAUCAUUUGGACAAAACAAAGUCACUUGUGUAUUUAUUUCCUGUGUCGCUAAAUGAAACCCCCCCACUGAACACACACUGUCAUCUGUUGUCAGUUGACAGAAGGCUAGGGAUGCCCUCUGGACCCUUUACAUUCUGCAAUGUUAUUCACUUGAUGUGACACAGUGCAGAUGCAACUGCAUACAAGCCUUUGAGAAAUGGUGAAAGAUUCAAUAAAUCACACAGCAAAUUUUCUUUCAGCAACAAAUAGAAUGUUGCAGCGCCACGUUAACACCACACGAUGGAUAGUGUGACCAGUGAUGUCUAAAAGAAAGUACAGAAGAAAAUGGACAAACCUCUCAUCAAAUUAUUAUUAUUAUUAUUUUUUGCUGAUUUGUUUUUAUCAGUUUUGUUUUUGUUUGUAGCCAGCGUCAUACCUCAUCAUUGGCCAUAUUCCAAACCCAACCCAAGUGCACCCACAAACAAACAUUAUCAUUCAGAUUUUGUACAUUUUUAGGUCUUUCAUCGAUCAACAAUAUAGGUUUUCUCAUUUUCCACAACCUUUCAAGGUGGACUCAAAGCAAAGGUUGACAUAACCUUCUGUAGACAUUGAUAUUGAUGCAACACUGUGGUCAAUAACCUGUUCACGGAAGUGCUUUCAUUCAGUAGCCAUUUCAAGUCUCUGGAGUCUUAAAUUUACAUAUGCAUUACAGAAGGAAAUGUUUAUGUUUGUGUAGAAAUAAACAUGUUUUGACCAUUA